UAAAGGUUUUCUUCGAGGAUACGGCGGCAGCUCGCGCGUAGUCUUGGCAGCCAAUCUGGGCCCUAUGACGCGCGCGCGAGGCAGCACGGCUCCGUGCUCAUAUUUAACACAGUAGUCCGAGAGAAUAAGCGACAGCACCCGGGACACGAGCGCGCGGACACACCGGACACCUGCCACAGCAGAGCGGAAACACGGCCGACAUUUCAUUCAUAUUCUUCUCCGAACUGUUUCGUUUCCUUGUUUUGUGCUUUUUUUUGCAUAUGCAUUUGCACGGACUUGAUUCAAUACAUUACAUCUACUGCAUAUAAAAAAGGAUGCUUUAACGUUUACUGAGGAAACGGGCUGCACUGAUACGAUUUCUUAUUGCGCUUUGCUGUUUUUCUUCUUCUUCUUCUUCUUCUUCUUCUUCUUCAGUGGGAUGGAGAGCAGCUCCGGAUUUAUAGCUCUCCACCUUUAAAAAACAUUUUGACUGUAGGUGUACAGGAAGAUGCGCGCUGCAUAACGCUGAUUGAUAGAAAAUCAUGUUUACGCAUAAUAACAUGAGCUGGACGCAAAAGAAGAAUCACGGCUAAAAUUCCAACAGCGCGGAUUUUACACUUUAAAAUGAAAGCAGAUGCAUCUCUAAGAAGCACCGUGUGUGUUUUCGUUUCAGCAUCCUUAAAACACCGGUAAUGUGGCACUUGGAUUGAUCGGACUAGCCGCUGUUUGUAACGAUCAAAAUGAUCCUUUUCCGCAAAUUCCGCGUGUUGCUUCUCAUGGUCUUUCUCGUAGCGUGCACCAUGCACAUCAUGAUAGACUUACUGCCCAAACUGGAGAAAAGAGCAGCGGGAGCGGACUCUGCAAACUCGGGCUGUUCUUGCGCGCACGAGCCAAGCGAGGCGCCUCGCGGCCGGGGAAAGCAGCAGCAGCAGCCGCAGCAGCCGCAACAGCAGCGCGCGAGAUCUGGAGCACCGGCGGAGGCGAGCUGGCCCAACAAGCACACGCUGAGAAUUCUACAAGAUUUCAGUCAAGAGCCCAACUCGAACCUCAGCUCACAGUCUCUGGAGAAGGCGGCGGCCACCGGUGACAAGACGGAUCCGAUCCGAGGAGGGAAGCAACGUGCGGCGGACUCUGAGAGCCAGAGGAGUCUGAUGAAGGAGACGGCGAGUGGAAGCAAGCAGGCUAACAGAGGCGCCUCCAGACUCGCAGCUCUCUACCAACACCCGCUGUAUAAAAGCGAGCUGCCGCCGCUCACCGACGACGACACGCUGUUCAACGUCAAUACGGACAUGCGAUUUUAUUCCAAAGCCACAGGAAACCAAGAAUGGCACCAUGAAGGAAAUGAAGAAGAGGAGUACAACCCGACCGGGGAGGCCACUGCUGAGUCAUAUCCCAACUGGCUUCGCUUCCACAUUGGGAUUAACCGCUAUGAGCUCUACUCCAGACACAACCCUGUACUGGAGGCUCUGCUCAAAGACCUGCAGGCCCAGAAGAUCACAAGCGUAGCUAUGAAGUCUGGUGGCACUCAGCUGAAACUCAUCAUGACAUUUCAGAAUUAUGGCCAAGCUCUCUUCAAGCCGAUGAAGCAAACCAGAGAGCAAGAAACCCCCCCAGAUUUCUUCUACUUCUCUGACUUUGAGAGGCACAAUGCCGAGAUUGCAGCAUUUCAUCUCGACAGAAUUCUGGAUUUCCGACGGGUUCCACCAGUGGCUGGCAGACUUGUGAAUAUGACACGGGAGAUUCGAGAUGUGACCCGGGACAAGAAGCUCUGGCGGACAUUCUUCAUCUCUCCAGCCAACAACAUUUGUUUCUACGGUGAAUGCUCUUAUUAUUGCUCCACUGAGCAUGCCCUAUGUGGCAAACCUGACCAGAUUGAGGGCUCAUUGGCUGCCUUUCUGCCUGAUCUGGCCCUCGCCAAGCGCAAGACCUGGAGGAACCCCUGGCGCCGCUCAUACCAUAAACGCAAGAAAGCUGAGUGGGAGGUGGAUCCAGAUUACUGUGAUGAAGUUAAGCAGACUCCACCCUACGACCAUGGCACCCGUCUGCUGGAUAUCAUGGACAUGACCAUCUUUGACUUCCUCAUGGGCAACAUGGACCGUCAUCACUAUGAGACUUUUGAGAAGUUUGGCAACGAGACAUUCAUCAUCCAUCUGGACAACGGCAGAGGAUUUGGCAAACACUCACAUGAUGAAAUGUCAAUUUUGGUGCCCUUGAGUCAGUGCUGCAGGGUGAGGAGGUCCACCUACCUGCGGCUUCAGCUGCUGGCUAAGGAGGAGUACCAGCUGAGUUCACUGAUGGAGGAGUCUCUUUCGCAUGACCGCCUUUCUCCCAUCCUCAUUAGGCCACACCUGCAGGCUCUGGAUCGACGCCUGCGCCUGGCUCUAAACGUGCUGGCCGAAUGUGUGGAGAAAGAGGGCUACAGCGCUGUUGUGGAGGACGACAUGGAGCACCAUCAGACCUCUCGGGCGAGGUAGUGGAACCCUGACCUGCACCAUGAGCCUCGGGCACGUCGUGCUUGAGACACAUGUUUGAAUUCAGUGAAUUCCAAGAGACUCACCACCAAUGCCUCUGAACUGCCACUCUGCAUACGCAUAUGUCUGGUACGUCUACAGAUGUCGACCAGACGUGUUCACACUUACUUCUGCUCCCCACGUACUUUUUAAGACUUUGGACCAGAGGCAUUACGGAAAAGAGGUCCAUUUGAUUUCUUUUGAUGUUACUCACAAGCACUGGGGAUUGUAUUUUAUGUUCAUUUGAUUUGUUUCUUUUUACCUUUGAAGUCCAAGGCUUGCAUUUUAGCCAUGGUGGAAGCUGCAGCACAUAUUGUUUUGUUACACCCUGCUUUUUAUCACAUGAUUGCUUGUGCAAAACUAAUUUAUUCAAUUUGCAUAUUUCCAGCAUUUCGGUAUAUUAAUGAGAUGGUAGCUGUACAGAGAUGUAUAGUAGAAGCACAAAGAGACUUUUAAGCAGUUAUACGGUGAUCACCUGUUUUGUUGCUUCAAGGUUUACCCGCCUAUUAAAGCCCGUUUCUUGAUCCGGCUAAUCUAACAGACCGUUUCUCUGGAGCAGGUGUGUUAGAUCAGGUUUCAGAGUAAAUUCUGUUCAAGGAGCAGAGCUGAUGGUCACUGUAUUAGGAAACGUGAGACUGGAAUAAGAGGUGAACUUUAUUUACUAGUCAGCAUAGGACUGAUAGGUAUAUUUAUGAUUGCCGAUUUAUUUUCUAUGUAGCCAUCUGCGCUCUGUGUGUGAGAAAUUUUGCCUAAAGAUACAUUUAAGCUUUAAGAGUGGUACUGCAGUGCAGUGCUCCUCCUGUGAGGACCCGUAUAUGACGCCUCUCCUCGCCGUGUGUGACCUGAUUUGGUUUUCCUAAUCGCUUUUCGAAAGCUUACAUAGUUGCAUCUGCAAGUCGGACUGUGCGAUCCAGUGUUAAGUAUUUUUUAUUCCAUGUUGUGAACUCUGCACUUCCUCUCUCAUUAGAGUUAUUCAGUGCUGGUUGUGAGCAUGACAUUUGGGGUUAUUCAAAAGUGUACUCUUGGUAGGAACUUUGUGGGAGAGUGCAGAAUGAGUCUAAUUGGUGUUUUUUUGUUUUGGCACUGCCUCCCGUCAGCGACACCAUGCUGAAUGCACCUGUUUCCCCGGCAUGGGGAGCUUCGCCACGCUCAGAUGCAACGCUGCCACGGCUUGUUAAUUCCGUGUCUUUUUCUGCCCCAUACAUGGGCAAGCUGAUCCUUUUUUUCACUGGCUGCACUCUCCUUUCUUUUUGCCAUAUAUGAAUUAGUAAGCAGAAUUCACAGCUCUGCAUCAGUGUAUAUAAAGCGUUUGUGUUUUUGUAUGAUAAAAACAAAUUAUCUGUAUGCUAGAGUUGUUACUAGACAUUUUUUCAGACUAAUGGCUACAUCAUAGUCGUUUCAAAUAUUUCAGUCAAAUUCUUUCUGUUGCUAAAUUCAGCAUCACCAGAUUUACAGUAUUUUUUUUUUAUCACUAGUUUCCCUAAACUACAGCCAAAAGGCAAGAGAGUGCCUUUAUCAUUCCUCAUACUGACACACAAAAAAAUGAUUUGUUCCAUUUUACAUUAAAAAAGUAUUUCAAGACACUAUGGGCCAAAUUCAGAGUUAAGACCAAAUGAAGAUAAAUGCUUGGGCAUGUAUUCAUUGUAGGAGUUUGUGCAUAAGAGCAUAAGUAUGUUUUCUGUCUGUCCAAAACAUCUGCAAUAUAUAAAGAAGUCAAAAUAUUAAACACAGACUUGCUAAAAAUAGAUUACAUCCAAUGAUCUAAUACAUUUCAUGACUUUGAUUUAGUAUCCCGUGGCAUCUUGUGCACAAUUAACUGUCAGACCAUUAAAAUAAUAAUAUAUAAUACGAGACACCAAAUUCGUAGUGAUUCAUUUUAUAAUGUGUGUUUAAAUUAUGUUGCAUCCUAUUACAGGCAAUGAAGGAAACGCUAUAUGCUUCUUCAGUCCUUAUUUCUAUCCCCUGUGUUAAAUACUGGUGGUCUGCAAAAUACUGUGAAUCCCUCUCUCAGAUGUUUGUACUAAAGAGAAUCUCAAAUGCAUGGACAACACAGGGGUCAUUUGCAUAACCUGAAUGUAAUGACAAGAAAACUGACAUGAGUACAUGCAGAACCCGACUCUGAAUAUGUGUAACUUUGCCCACUUAGAUGAACUCUGAAUGCGGCCCUUGUGUGCACUUGUGUGCUGUAUUAUUGUCACAUUAUUAUUUAUUAACUUCUAAGAAUAAUGCAUUUGUGCCUCCAUCAUGUUUUCCUGAUUUAAAUGAACAUUUAGACAGGAUCAAAAGUGCUAUGAUUUAAUCCUCAACCUACAAAAAUAUGAAUGAAGCAUCAGUGCAUAUGUGUGUUUCUGUGUAAACUCAGUGCCUGUGCAACGAUAGAGAUACUUGAAUGUUUCGGGAUUUCAUCACAACUGGACCUUCGCACCCUGAGCUCUGAACUCAGACUAGCAACCCAAGGGGAUUGUGCAGUUUCUCAGCAGGGAGGAGGCGAGAUCACAGCACGCUUUCAGAUGCUGAGUAGGCUGGAAUAACUCCUUAUGCUUUCAUCGUGUAUGUGUAAAUAUCUAUUAAUGCUCUACACUGAACCCAAGGCUGUUUUUAACAGCCAAAAUGCUUCUGUUUUUUCUUUUUUCUUUCUUCCCUUCUCUCUUAUGCAUUGUUACUGUGAAGACUUGUUUGCAAAAGAUAAUGGUGUGCAAUAAAAAAAAUUGAAGCUGUUGAA